AGUGUAUAUAACCCCUUUAUGUACCCUUGCUUCACCAUCUGCUGUAUUCUUGGAAUAUUUCCGUACAAGAUCAACGCUGCGAUCUUCGAAGCAUCAAGAUCGCGUUAUGUAGUAUUUACUGUCAUUAGCUGUGUCACCUGUGUUUAUCAAAUAAUAAGAAUUUAUGAAAUUAACAUGUUAUCGAAAAACAGGAAUAGUACAGCUGCAAAAAUUCAGGACAACUGUUAUUCUAUACUCGGAAGUUUUAUAGUAAUCGUUUCAUUUAUUUUGAGUGGUCCACGAAUGCGCUUAUUACAAAAAAUAUUACAAGUCUCUACAAAAUUGCCUCAAAAAUCAUUCGAAAAACUAUCCAAGUUAAUACACAUCAAAGAUAUAUUCGGUUUUCUUUUUUUAAUGGUCCAAAAUGUGGCGUUGUUAAAAAGUAGUUUCUAUCAAAACGUUUCUAAAAAUAUCGGUAUGUUUUUAAUAACAGAAGUGAUGGAACAUUACAUCAGCGUACAAAUAUUUCAAAUGAAUAUGCUGUAUGUGAAUUGUGUUUGUAUAUUAAAAGCUUUUUUCAAAAGAAUCGAUGACAAUUUGACAAAUCUACAAGAGCUCAUUAUAAAUGAUAAGUCGCAUGUUCCUAGACUAAUCUAUGGUCAACAAAGAAACCCAUUGGCAGAACUUAAAACUUUUGAAAAACAGCAUCUGCUAGUUAGCAACGUAGUGCAAAUGUUAAACAUAAUUUUCAGUCCACAACUCCUUGCAACUUUUGCCAUAGUUUUCAUCGAAAUUACUUUCGAAUUAUACAUAAAUAUGGUGCAAUGGCAUAACGGGCUGUCUAUCAAUUUCACUAAGCAAAUUCGUAAUAUACUUGGUAUGUCGUAUAUAAUGUAUCAUAUUAUAACGAUAACGUUAAUAGUGUGGGCCUGCGAAACUGGCAAAAAUCAAGUCAAAAAGAUUAAUACAACUAUUCAUGAUUUUCUUAAUAGCACCAGCGACAAGCAACUAAAAAAUGAGGUACAAAUAAAAAAAUUAAUUUCUUUAUAUCAUUAAUAUAAUUUUUUAUGCACAAAAUAUAACCAAUUUACAGUUUUAUUUUUCAAAUUAAUUUGCAAACUUAUUUAAAAUAUUAAUCUGACAUUGUAGUUGCAAACAUUUUCUUUGCAAAUACUGCAUCACAAUAACACGUUUUCCGCAAAAGGUUUUAUUGUGGAUGCGACACUCCUCACAGGCGUAAGCAAUCAAUUAUUUAUGUUAAUAUAAAUUAAGAUUUAAAUGUUUUAAAAUUAAAUUAUAAUAUUAAUUUAAUUUUUAUUUUUAUAGAUGAUGAGUAUUAUUACCACAUAUCUCUUAAUUUUAAUUCAAUUCUUAAUUACGGUGCAUUCUUGUGAUGGACAGCCUGAAAUCAACAUUAAACAAUCUGAUUAAAAAAGAUACUGUAAGUAUUAUUUAAAGUAUCAUAAUAAAAAAUGUAUUUAUAAAAAUUAAAAACAAAAUAUUAAAAAAUAAUAUAAUUCAAGAUUUACAAGAUGGAAUUAAGAGCAUUCAAGAUUGUAAUGUAUUAACACAUCUAUGAACAUGUUGCCGGAGUACAAUAGUGUCUAAAAUAAUGGUCAAUCACAAAAAACAGUCAACUCUCACUGUCUUAUAAAAUCAAAGAAUAAAAUUAUUAACAAAAAUGUGAGUCUUGUUACUUUUUGAGUAACUGUAAGUGUAAUUGUAACAAAUUACUUUUAAAAAUCAGUAACUAGUAACAGUAACUAGUGACUUUUUAAAAAAGAAAAAUUGUAACUGAAACUAGUUACUUCUACAAAGUAAUUUUCCCAACCUUGAUAAUUAAUAUAGAUAUAAGGUGUAUUCGAUAUUUCCUGUACUGUUCAAAUAUGCUUCUCCUAAUGAUCUAGAAGUAUAACAUAAUGAGUCAUACUGAUUAAAGAAAUUAUAUUCUAUUAUUUAAUACUUAUACUGCAAAGGAAUUUCACAAAGCUCCAUGGUUACUUCAUGGUAACAAAUAGUUCGUAAGUCAUAUCUUAUAAUUCACAGCAGCAACUUGCAGUUUUAAACUUAAACUCAUCGCGAAGUGUCUACAUUAAUUUCCCUAUUUGUAGCAGCAAAAUCAAGGUAAAAGCUACACUUAAAAAGGACGUUUUCCUAAUCAUGCUUACAUUAAAACUAAUGCUCUCUUAUCGAGAAUAGAAGAUUCGUAUAAUUAAUGAUGAAAUAACAAUUUUCAAGCAGCUCGUCUAUAAAACUUAGAUGACCAUGCUCAGUUUGUUACCGAAAUUCCAACGAGAAAUUAAGGACAGGAAAGAAAGAAAGAGAUGGUGGUUAUUCCAUGCUACCGAUUUUCAAUCCUUGAUGUAUCCUUGUUUUAUUUUUUGUCGCAUUCUUGGAAUAUUCCCGUACAAGAUCAACGCUUCAUCCUUUGAGACUUCCAAAUCGUCCUACCUUCUAUCAACUAUAGUUAUGUGUAUUUUCUGCUUUUGCGCAAUAAUAAUAAUAAUGGACGUAUCUGGAUGGUUCAGUAUUCAAAAUUUACACGAAACUAUUCAACUUAAUUCCUUCUAUAUGUUUGGCAGUAUCAUAAUGGUUGUCACGUUCGUUUUAAGCGGUCCACGAAUG